AAGCUGUGGAAUAUAGAUUAUCACUUUGCAGAGAGAUAUUGGAUCAGUAGUAGGAAGAGGCUUCCCAGGAGUAUCUCUCUGGUAGUGGAACUGGCUAGCUGCCUAGCUGGUUGGUAAACUGACUGUCUGGCUAACUAACUGACUAGAUGUUUCACUGACUGCUACUGGAGGCUCACUACGGUACUGGAUAAACCCACUCACAUGAUGGAGCCUCUCAGAACGGCAAUCUGCACCAGUCAGCAUGAUAAUGUGAGUACGGAACCAGCACCUGCUACACCAACUACUGUUCAUCUAGAGUUUUCCAUAGGAUUUUAUGGGGGACUUUGACUAUGUGCUUUCUGUGGUAACACUAAGGUGGUGGGUGGACUGAGUACUUGAUGAGGGGGAAUUUUACCACCAGCACAAAAAGGCUUUUCCUGGUGAGAGUGUUUUACUGUUGAAAAUAUUAUUCAGAAAAAAGUAUAUUUUCUGAUUGCAGAUUUUACACUUUUUAGAGUGGAAAGGUAAACAUGAGAUUUAUUAUGUAUAAGUGUUCAACUAUAUAAACUUAGAUAUUACUACCCUGUAAUGUUUUUAACAAGGUUUAUGCUAACCCUGAAAUUUGUAUGCAAGACAACACUCAUACAAUUACCUACACUUACUUUAAACUUUGUCUAACAUUAUAUAUUUAAAUUAUAUACAAUUUCACAUUAUUACAUCUGUUAUUUUACUGAUUUAUGUAAAUACGGAGGACUGAAAUAAAUAUAUUUUAUAUAAUGUUAAAUAGUAUUAAAUGUUAGAAGCAUAGAAUUAUUCAUUUCAAAUAAACUACCAACUAUUGUAAUAGUAACUGCCAAAAUUCUUUACUGCAUCUAAAAGCAGAUUAAUUUAAUUCUCAGAUCAUUACAAUGGGAUCUUGAAUCAGUGUAAUCCCGAAUACAGCCUUUCUAUUUAGGGACACAUCUCACUUCAUACAUUUCCCCUCCUCCAAAUUAAUCUGAGCUUUGAUGGUCAGCAUCACUAGAAAAAAGAAACACCUACACCAAAUUACCAAGAAAAACAACCUCCCACGCAAACAAAAAGAAAGAAUUUCGGUUCCAUGCAGCAAGUCUCCCACGUGCUGUCUUAGAGAGUCAUCCCCCAGGGAGACGGGCAGGUUGGGGGGUGUCAGAGGGCCCGGGCAGGACUGAGGUGGUGGGUGGACGAUGACAGCAUGGCUCUUAGCUUUGUCCUCCACGGCUGACCUGACCUGGCUGACCAUAGACACUAUGUGAAGAUAUUGUCCAAAUGACCUCACAGCUAGAGCCUAUAAGAAGGCAAUUUGACCAAACCCUGCUAAUGUACACAGUGACAGAAUUAUCUCACAUGACACCAAUUCUCCUGUUUCUCUCUGAUUCAUUUUUUUAAUCUUUAAUAGUUUGACUUUGACGAGCUAUUCUAGGAUCAAUGAUGGAUGUACAAACUUUGAUUAGCUUUAACAGCCAUUGGUCUCAAAAAACAACUAUGAAAACUUGUGCACAGAGCUGCAAAGGAAACAGAACCCAGGAGGUACUAGAUCAGUUAAGAGAGUACCGUGUGUCCCUUUCGGUUUAGUCCCGGAUGACACGGACCACAUGCGCUGAAAGAUGCUACACUGAGAGGCCGUUGGCGAGUGGGAGUAGCGUGCAUUCGGCCAUCAUUCCCAGCAAGCUUUGCCCCCCCUCUCCCCUCCCCUCCCAUUUACCCCAAACCCCCCUUCUCAAGCGGGCAUUGAGAUCAGGACAGGGCCCAUUCUCCCACGAGGAAAGGGCCACUUGGGCACGGUACAGUGUGCAAACAUUUUUGAGUGUGUGGGCAGAACAACAGAAAACAAGAACCAUCUGAAGAUGUAAAAGCAGCUUCCUCAUUUCAUCUGCGGAGGAGGACACGAGAAUGCCUGAAAAUGCGAAACAUUCAAAUUAAACUAACGGCACUUGAAGGUUUUCUCUGUUCUGAGGCAGAACUUUAGAGCUUUUGUGUUACUGAUAGGCUACUGAGUCUGUCUCUCUUUGAACAAGCUGUGAUAUAAUAUAGGCUUUAAUGGUAUACUGCUCAAACUGCUCUAAAUAUGCUAUAUGAAUGACCUUUCCUGUAGGCCUAAUUGUACAAACCAUUGUUUGAGUGAGGCACUGAGUGUGGACUAGAGAUAGAACUAUAUCCGCCAUGCUCUCAUGUUAUGUUAUGUCUCGCAGCCAACAUCAACUAAACAUCAUACCUCAAGUCAGUUCUAAUGGUCUGGUGGAGUUUUGGGCGUGGUGAGCACAUAAACCAGGUCAUAUUCUUGACACCCAAUUUAGAAACCAGUUCUCAAUGGAGGAUUCUAAAAAUGAAAAUGUCAAAUCAUAUAUCUGAAUAUCUGAGUCCUGACACAGGCUGUAUCCUUCUACAGCAUAUAUGCCUACAAGUCUCCACCUUAUCAGACAAUAUCCAGAUCACUCAUCAAUGGAGAAUUAGAUCUCCCUCAAAAAGUGAAAUAGGAGGGCGAAGGGAAAUUAGCAUUUUAACUAAGAACAAAUUCCGCUGCUGUCAGGACGUCUUCUCGAAGAGCUUUCAGGUGAUCUACGGCCAGUGAAAACAAUUAAUGUGGCUUGUAAAAAUGGGCAGCUUCAUUACCUGUGGUCUCAUUGUGGACGUACAGGCACUGAGACAAUGUUUAAAGGGCUUCUCCCAUUAACGCCGCUAUCAGCAUGGCUACCGCUUCUCUGUCACCAUUCUGUCAAAUAAACGGCUCCACAUAUUUAUUCACGAGGCGGCCAUUAGCGGUAAAAAUGUCGUCAACCUGACAGGCUCGGCAGCAAAGGCCCUCCUGCGCGUAACCAUCUUGAAACAGACGGAAGAUGUAAAAGUUGUGUGUCUCGCGGGUUGUCACGCGGCAGUCGAGUAGUCAAGCACAUCUGACUUGAUCUGCAGAACUGCAUUAUACAAGUUACAAUUCUGUCGACAUCAUUUCUUCUGUCGGAUAGUUAUACUGAAUAUGAUCUGUAAACAUCCCUGGAAUGAAAACGGUAACCCUGACCUGCAGCCUCGCGCGAGAAUGAAGAUGAUCAUUGAUAGGUCGGAGAUAAAAACUAAUGAAUUUCCUAUGUAACAUAUAAUUGCGCAGUUUACCACAUGUGAGGAUGUCAAUAGCAGUGUAACUGCAUGGUCUAAUGAGUGUAUUUAUGGUAGUGUGACACUCACUGUGGAACAAAACUAAGGCGUCGUGUUGUUUGUGAUGAAGGUGGGUGAAGUGAGGUCAGGCGAGAUGAGCUGUGGUUUAGCUCUCAGUGUGCUGUAGGGCUAAACAUUUGACAGUUAAAUUAUUCGUUCAUUCAUUUAAUUCAUUAAUUGAGACUGACAGAAGGGUUAGGGAUUUGGUGUAAAUAAUAACGCUAUAGGCUAAUUAUACUUUUGAGUGUUUAUAAAUCACUGUAUAAAUUCGACAGGAAAGUAUAGGUACAGAGCUGCUUUAUAAAGAGGCAUUUGUCUGUUGUUGGUGGUCUACACAUCCUUUUCACUACCUCUGAAAUAUCGCCUUCUUCCAGUUCUUUUCUGAGAGAGGGUCACGAAUGUUGGACCGCUAUCUGACAUCGCUCAUCUUUGAUGUUUCAUACAGUGAAUUGUGAUAGUCAAGUGUAGGACAGUGGCAACAUUCAUAGUGUCAUAGUGACCAAACUGAAGUAGAGGUGAAAGCUAUGAACAAGAAUGUAUUGUCUGGAUCAAAAGUUUGAAAGUAUUAAAGUACAUUAUGAGCUAAAUAUAGCUUAAUUGUGGAAUAGACUCGAACAUAAACACAUCUUGGGUGUUUGGAUAGGUAGUCCACAGGAUGUAUUUUAACGCACACAUUGAAACAUAUAGCCCACGCACGUACUGUAAAGAGCAUAGGCUACUUGUAGAGACGGAUAAAUACAAUUGUAAUGUUUUUGCAGGGAUUAAAUUAUGGGUUUUACAUUAAAGAAUUAAGAAUAUAUUAAAUACCAUGCAGCAUCAUGUAUACAAACAGGCCAAACUUUUGGUCAAAAAUGUGUAGGAACGGGUAGGCUAGUUGCGUAAAAACCAGAUGGAGGUGCGUAUGUGUUAAUGUCAGUCCAACAGUCAAUUAAAAUGUUUACAUUAAGAUUUCGAACACAGAAAGUAAAAUCAGUUGCAGGGCAAAGUCUAUAGCCUACUGCCCGCAAUGCAGUCUGCAGUCUCACUUGUUAGAUAUUGCACACUCACCUAUCAGGCAACUCAUGCACGUUUCCGUGGUUCACUCCCCCUUAUAGGCAUGGGUAUAAGCUGUUUUAGCAGUACAAGCAGUUAUCCGGAUGUUUUUUCACCUUUGCCAACAGCUUGAAAACAACAAAGUACAAGCUAAUUUAGGGGAUGAUAAUGCGGUACCUUUUAUUCACAGUCAUCUCCCAUUAGAAUAAUCACUACGAACCUGACAGACGUGGCUACGAAAAGCGAAAGGCACGGCAGUGCACGCAGCAAAUUGGCGCCUUUUAAAUUAAUUGAGUUUGCAUUGACACCUUUUAUUGACUUUAACCUGAUUUAUGAUAAGAGUGAUUAUGAUACUCCUAGCGUUUUCAAACGACGAUCCAUCUAAAAUUAGAUCAUUGUUUUUUUUAUAGGCAAUAUAGGCUAGCCUAGGCUAAUAGGCCUGGGCGAUUAUUGACUGUGGCCCAUAGUUUUAUGAUUAGCCCAUGUAUUUUACAGUCAGUUAGUUUCAGUAGGUAGGCCUACUUUUUUUUCAGCAUUCAUCUUGCAAGAGUUGAUAGGCCUAGUGUAGGCUAGCCUGUUUCAGCAUCAAUUGGUUACAACGCAUCUCACAUUAGCCUAUUUGAUCGACGCCGACAAACAAGUCUGGAAAUUAUAUUCCACCCAAACUCCCCGCGCGCCCACCGAGCUAUUUUUGACAGUCAACUUUCUCAACCCACGUGGGGACUUUACCAAAAUACCGAGUCAAUACCAUACAAAAGGAUUGUGUCGCCUUAUCGCCUCUUCAUAACGGAAAUGUUUGUCAACUGAACCGUAGGCCUACAUUUGAAUACGUUAUAGACUAGCUCUGCUUUAAUGAAAAUCUCUUGUAUAGGCUAGAAGCAUUCAGUUCCUUAGAACACCACCGGAGGGCAACAGUUUUGAACCCAAAUAUUGCCGACAAAUAAUUGGCUAAUAAACUAAUGAUCAAGUAGGCUAGCCUCCCUAUUGCCUAAUCGUAUUGCCUUAGCCUAUAUAAAGGCUAUCCAAUUUUGGACCUGGUUUAUAUCAACUGCCAUGCUUUUGAAGAAAAGGCAUUUUAAAAUAGUACACAUCCUAUUUCCUUCACCAUUUACAGCCUUUAAAUAGAUCAUAACUAAACGUGAUAUUCUUUCCUAAAGAUUAUUCAUAUGAGACUGACAAAGUUUCCAAGUCCAAUACAGUGAAGGUGUCUCAUUUGAUUGUGGUUAGCGAUGGCAGUUCAGCGGCUUCUUUCUGCUCGGUAAGACUCGUCAGUUUCCGAUGCCUAUAUUCCGGAAUAGACCCCAUGUAGGGGUGUUGUUUGAUUUACCCGGAUGGAACCAUGUAUGGUUCCAACAGAAGAACCGGAAUUCCUCUUCAAGUUUAAUGUGCCACGGGGGAAAACAUUUAUAAAAUGACCCUACACAGUAGAUGUUUUGUCACUGAUUACAAAAUACAAAUGUUGCAGGCUACUUUUCUUCAUUUAGGUUAUCAUCCACCUAUUGUUUAAAUUAUAAGAUGUGGAAAAUAAAUAUGUUUUACUAUCUUUACUGGAGACUUUGCUUGUGGGUUCUCCAUUGACAAGUGUUCUUUGUUGUCGUCACACAGCCUGGAGCCAAUCGGCUGCCCCAGCGCCUUUUUUUUUUAACACACAGUCCUUUUAUGGGCAAUGACGUAGUGGCACAUUGAAUGGCUCCGGAUAAAUGCAUACUACCGCUACCCCGUAGUCUGACGGUCUGUCAUUCACUGGAACAGCCAGGAAAGCUGCUCUGAAGGUUCUCUAGGUGUCCCAGGCACAUGAGAUACUAUUAGCAACUUCUUAGUAGCUGAUCAGAUGUUACAGUUAGAGCAAGGACAUUGAGAUCUUUUAUUCUCAGACAUAAUCUGCUCUACCGUCAGUUAUAUCCUGGAGGCAAAGCGAUAAUACUUUAGUUUGAUCAUGACAGCCAAAACCUUAGAGAAAAUUCCUGUGAGCCUCGGUGGGUUCGUGCACCCGGUGUCUGAAGGCAUCUACUCGGUGGAUGAUAUUGCCACAGGCCUGCCUGCAUCCGUUGCAAUCUUUCCUAACGGUGAUUUGGGAGGUCAUUACGACCAACUUAGCGGAGCCUCAGAUGGUUUAAUGAAUGGAGAUAUGAGUUCAGAGAAACGGUCCCUUGAUCUGUCGUAUUCCAGUGGCUUCUCUCAACCGGCUGCGCACCGCAACCAGACAUUCACUUACAUGGGAAAGUUCUCCAUCGACUCUCCGUACACUGGAAAUUGGAAUCCGGAGAGCGUUAUAAAUAUCGUCAGUGCUGGCAUCUUUGGGAUGACCCAGCCCCAGCCAUCCUCAGCAUCCUCCUCGCCGGCCUCUUCCGUCUCCCCAAACCACUUCUCCAGCACCCUGAGCUGUACUAUGGCGCAGAACCAGGCGGACAUGGAACAUCACAUCUAUUCUCCCCCGCCCCCUUACUCGGGAUGUGGGGAGGUCUACCAAGACCCAUCCGCCUUCCUGUCCACCUCCACCUGCCCCAUCUCCUACCCACCCCCAUCAUAUUCCUCGCCUAAACCAACGACAGACUCUGGGAUGUUUCCGAUCAUCUCCGACUACUCCGGCUACUUUCAACCCACUUGUCAGAGAGACAUGCAGGGCAUCCCUGACCGCAAACCGUUCCCAUGCCCCCUCGACUCGUUCAGAGUACCUCCGCCCCUGACACCUCUGAACACUAUUAGGAACUUCACCCUCGGUGGACCGGCUACUGAUGGGCCUAGGCUGCCCACGGCUUACAGUCCCCAGAACCUGCCCCUGAGGCCAAUACUGCGACCCAGAAAAUACCCCAACCGACCGAGCAAAACCCCCGUACAUGAACGCCCCUAUCCAUGCCCGGCGGAGGGCUGCGAUAGGCGUUUCUCUCGCUCUGACGAACUGACCAGACAUAUCCGCAUCCACACUGGACACAAACCUUUCCAGUGUAGGAUAUGCAUGAGGAACUUCAGCCGUAGUGAUCAUCUGACCACCCACAUUCGCACGCACACAGGCGAGAAGCCAUUUGCCUGUGAUUUCUGUGGCCGCAAAUUUGCAAGGAGCGACGAGCGUAAGAGGCACACUAAAAUUCACCUCAGGCAGAAGGAGAGAAAGUCAUCAUCCGUUUCUUCAAAUAGCACGAACUCUGAGCGGUCCGGCAGCACAACGACUGGAGUUUGCUCUUAGACUCGUCGCCAUUGGUCUCUCUCUUGCCAAUACGACCCGUAAUCUUUCUAAAAUUGUUGAAUUUAUGAGACUACGGUAAAAAUUAAUCCAAGCUGCAAAAUGAUUGAACGGGACAAUGUUUCGCGGCCAUAGCCUCAUUUAAUGGAAAUGAAUUCUUUACAUUUCAUACCGUGCGUAAUUGCGCACGAAUGUGCUCUGAUCAUUCUCAUGAUGGCAAAUGAAUGAUACGACUUUGUUUGCAUUGUCUACCGAAGUCUAAAGUAGCCAUUCAUUUUAAGAAAAGAGGGAAGUACAUACGUGUGUCUACUGAUGCGCCGCGCCAAAUAGGCCUAUGCAUAACAAUGCAUAGGAAAAAGUAAUAUGUUGGCAAUAAAUUUGGAGUAAUGUUUUAACUUAUUUAUUUGACGGUUCAUUCUAACAUGCUUGUUCAUUGUAUCCUCCUUUUUGUGCCUUGUUUUACAUGUCUUUUGGGUAUUGACAGGGAUACAAAUACGCUUUAAUUGAACUGUACAUUU